AAUGGUUAUUGUCUAAUAUUGAAUGCAUCGGUUUUAUGUCCGCAUAAGACUAGGUCAGUCACGAAGCUCGCUCUAUUUUUAGACACGCCACUUGAACACCAUAUUUAGCAUAGAGUGACACACAUUUGGGGUAAUUUUGUAAACCUGCACCUGUGAUUGGUCGAAAGGGUUUAUUAUAUACUAGCUCUGUAUUAUAGCCCGUACAUCAAAGUGUGAUACUUGAUUCGUGGAGACACUCGAAGCCGUCUAGGAAAAUUCAUUUAUACAAGGAAAUGUCGAUAGGACUGAAUCACUAGGCCACGAGUGACUGGACUUGUGGCUGGCAAAGCGUGACGUAACUCGGCUGAGGUUGUGUCAAGGGGUAUAAAGUCCCGAAGCCUAGAUAGUAUCGGUAAAACUGUUCUGAACUUGACUGGAUGUACCUCGGACAAGUGUGAUUUACUACUGUUCACCUGACUAUAUCAGGUUAUGAUUAACGAGGACCACGUAUUACAGAAGAGGACGAACAACGGCAAAAUGAACUGCAUUCCUUCCCCCGUACAAUCGUUGGAAGAACCUAUGUUCGCGUUGAGUGACGAAUUAUCCAUGUAUGAUCCCUGCAUGAUGAUCAAACCUGAGCCUGACAAGGAUUUUGGAAGUUUGAGUUGCUCAGACCUCAUGGCCUCUCCUCUGCCCUCAUUUGACCAGAUUUUCAACCACUGUACAUAUUCCCCAGCCGUUGAUCAUAGCGGGUUACACAGUUGGACAGCGCAGCACCCUGAACACUGGUCUUCACCGGAUGUGCUCAACUGGGUCUACUUUGUUGCGGAAAAACACAAUUUGGACACGUCACAGAUCCGUGGAGAACAUUUUCAGAAUAUCACUGGCCAGCAGCUGUGUCGCAUGCAAAGAGAGGACUUUGAGAGACGCGAUCCAGUAUACGGGGCUUACUUAUUCGGCAUUCUUCAGAAUCUCCUGAAAGAAGCAAAAUUUUCUGAGCCAAAGUGUGACAGGAGCGUAACGCCGGACAACUUUCCUAUGUUGGCCUCCGCGCCAUACGCAGAAGACAAACUUACAGACAUCUCCAAUUCUACUUGCACUGAAGACGGUAUCAAGGUUUUGAUUGGUGGUGACAUCUACGACAUAGACCUCAAGCUACCUAUAGAAAUCCCUGGCGUAGAAUCCAACAUUGAGCCCGUGGAUAAUGGAUAUUUCAGCGAGUCUGACAGCUAUUCUGAACACAACGUAGAUAGCAUGGAAAUGGAUGCCUGGCCACGUGACCUCUACCCCCAGAGUUGUCUCCCCACCAAGUAUCGUUGCCAUACCAACAGUUUAUCCAGCAUCUGCAGUGAUGUCAGUGAGGACAGCGAGGUAGCUUACCCAACACCGCCAAAGAAACAGAACAAUCGGGGAAGGCCAGCCGGUCAAGCUUCCAAAGGGAAUCACUUAUGGGAGUUCAUCAGGGAUACCUUGAAAGACCCAAAAUUCAACCCAACUCUAAUUAAAUGGGAAGACAAAAAGGAGGGCGUGUUCCGGUUCGUCCAGUCAGAAGCCGUGGCACAAAUGUGGGGACGCAAGAAAAACAACAAAUGCAUGACUUACGAGAAACUGAGCCGAGCCAUGAGGUUUUGUCGCACAACGGGAUUUUUUGCCAGUCUACCAAAAACUGGGAAAUAUCCGAAAAAACUGUGUUUCAAAUUCGGCAGCAAAGCUUCUGGGUGGCAGGAUUGAGCAAUACGACUGGCGUCCCUAUUUCAUAGGUAUUACUACAAACGGGGAAUCCUUGAUCGCGUCGACGGUAAGAGACUUGUCUACAAGUUUGGGAAAAAUUCACAUGGCUGGAAAAAUUGACUACCCUUUCUGUGACUCAGCUUCAGGUGUACAUUUCAUCACUUCUGGUGACAAUUAUGGGAUGACGUUGUCAGUUAAGUUCCUUUUUCAAUCCCAUCGUUAAUUCACCUGUGGCGGCCGAACAAGAAAUAUGGAGAGGGGGAAAGAGACAAGUUUCCUUUGUGCGUCACGAAAUCUCGGAGGCCUCGUGAAUGUGACUUGUGCGACCUCCCGCAAACUGGUGUCGCCACCUAUCGGAUGGAGCAGCAUCUGUCCCUGGCGGACGAUACGACUGCAUUCGGAGCAAAAUAGUGCGAGUAUUGAAUGCUUUUACUAUAUAUUUAUUUGAAAACCUGCCAUGUCAUGGCAUUGCCUGUGCGUCUGAUAACUUGGGAGACAUCAUGUUACGAGCAAUAAUAUUUCAUUCCCAGGAAGAAGAACAGUUGCAUUUAUACAAAGCGAGACAUACUCAAAGACAAUUCAAAGACAAUUUUUUACUUAUAUAGUUAAGACCUGUUGAUAAUAAAAUCACGUGUUAUACCUCCUAUAAAUAACCACCUGUAUUUAAUUAAACCUAAAGUCCGUUUUCACUCGUCAAAUCCGUCUUCCGGUUCCUAUCGUGAUCCACAUUCCUGUUGUCGUUGUAACAUCGCUGUUUCUAAAGUUACCAGAUCAAAUGUCAAUAACCGUUUUUGGUUAUUUUGUAAGUACUACCCGUUUCAGGGCAUUUUCUCCUCAUAUUCACACCAUAUAACAUACAUCCAUUUUUGCACUGAAUUUUAUACUUCAGACUGUUAUUUUGUUACCAUGUGUUCGUCAGGUGCUUAUAAAUUCCCUGUGUAUGUACUCUAUGUUAUCUGUGUUGUCAUUUUAAAAAUGGUAGACCGAUUGACUUGUCUAUGUUGUUGUUUUAUUAUAACUGGCGAAGUCUGGAAUUAAAAUAUUUAAUUUACUAAUGUCAUCAGUUGUGUUUAGCUUAAGUUAUCAUCUGUGGUGCACAUGUUGCAGAUAUAGUGUUGACAACGUUUCGUCUUAAGUAAAGAAACGAAACGCGGAAUAAAGAGAGAUAUAUAUUGGCAUCAUUUUAUAUUAUUUAAAUAUAAUUUUAAAAAUUAAAUAUUUCUCAGUUGCUGUUAUAUGAUUUUUUUCUUUUUUGGGGAAUUUUAAUGUAAGAUUUGUUGUCCCUCAUAGCCAACACAAAAUUGUCUGAUGUGUUGUUACAUAUUUUUGUUACGAAUUUAUUUUUCUACAUUUGAUGAAUAAAAAUCUCAGUUGUACACUGACAC